CACUUAGAUAUAUCACAAUAUCGUAGGCCAUGGAUUCGUCAUCCUCCCUUCAUUUUGCGGCAGCGCUUGCCACUUGAGCUCUGCAGUCUACACUGAGAGAUGGGGCUGGCAUCAACCCUUUCCUUUCCCCUCCCUCUAAAAGGUCCUCCACGUUCACACUUCCUCUCACCUGCCCUUCACCAGGGUUUCCCCUCUUUCAAAAGAUGCACUUCCAAUCAUCAAAGAUGUUCAUAUUAUACAAAGAAUGCAAUCUGCAAAGUAUCUUGCGGACAAGUGAAACUGGAAGAGGGGAUAGAUGAUGAGUCUUGUGAACUAGUAAAUGGAGUUGAACUUAUGUUAGGAGAGGGCGUGGACUGUUUCCACUCUUAUCUGUUCACGGCAGUAAAGAAUAAUAAUGAAACUGGUAUACUUCUACUGUCUGAUAUUUUCGGAUUUGAAGAUUCAGCUACGAGAGAUUUUGCAUAUCGUGUUGCCUGUAAUGGAUACAAUGUUCUAGUACCAGAUUUGUUCCGUGGGAAUCCAUGGAAGAAGGACCAAUCCAGAGCCAAUUUUGAAGAGUGGCUGGCCAGGCAAGCCCCUGACAGGGUUGCUAAAGAUAUUACCGCGUCAACAAAAUGGAUGGUCAAUGAAUUUGUAGCUGCUGGAAUCUCAAAGAAGCUUGGUAUUAUUGGUUUUUGCUUUGGAGGUGGCCGAUUAGUGGAGACUCUAGCCCAGGACCAGGGCACCUAUUUUGGCAUUGGUGCCUGCUUCUACGGGACAAGGAUGGACCCAUCUCUAGCAACCAAUAUUAAAGUCCCCGUAUUAUUCGUUUCUGGAGACAAUGAUCAACUUUGCCCAGUUGGUAUCUUGAACGAUAUGGAGAAGAGCAUUGGUAGAGGCUCGAAGGUGAUGGUUUUCAAAGGGCGUGGUCAUGGAUUUGCUCACCGGCCUGAGUCUCCAGAAGAAGAUGGAGACGCGGAGGAGGCAUUUCUGGUGAUGAGAAAUUGGCUGAAUGAAGCACUGAUUGUAAGCAAAUACUGAAUGCUUUCCCCUUUGUAUUAUUCCCAAAUGUACCUGUUUCUGUAUAAUCUAGUCAAAGAUUGAGUGUGUCCUUGAUAGCUUUCUUUAGAAAAGGAAGCAAGGUAAUAAUAAUAAAGGACUCUCCUUAAGUUGGUUA